UCCCUCCCUCUUUUAAUCACUCUUUUAAUCUAGCUAUCUCACUCCCAGCUAUUUCUGUUCAGCAAUGGCUGGAGGAUCACAAAAAAAGACCUGCCCAAACUGUGGGGAAAAAAUAUACUGCGGACUUAAAAUUUGUUCGUUUUGCAAACAUCCACAACCCCAACAUGUCAGACUUCAGAAAAAGAUGGAAAAAUUUAAAAGUCAGCAGAAGCAGUGGUUGGCAUCCAUGAAAAAAAAUAAAAUAAAGUCCCACGUGCUUGAUGAUGCUGCCAUUCUGCUUGAGAAGUUGUAUACCCUUGGCAUGAAGCCCCUGCUGCUGAUUGCACAUCCUCCUAAGAUGGUGACAGGGACUCACACGUACCAGACUAAAAUAAUGCUGCCAGUGCAUGCCCAACUUAGCACAUCCGCUAAGACAUGCUUAGAGAAUGUGAAUGCCAUCUACAAAUUGAUGGUUGAAGGUUGGACAAGACUCAACCCAGACCAACUGCCUCAAGAAGACGAGGAGAACUUCAUUCUAAAUUUGGUGCCAUGUGAUCCACCCAUCCAAGAACCAGCACACCAGGCUCCACCCAUCCAAGAACCAGCACACCAGGCUCCACCCAUCCAAGAACCAGCACACCAGGCUCCACCCAUCCAGGAACCAGCACACCAGGCUCCACCCAUCCAGGAACCAGCACACCAGGCUCCACCCAUCCAGGAACCAGCACACCAGGCUCCACCCAUCCAGGAACCAGCACACCAGGCUCCACCCAUCCAGGAACCAGCACACCAGGCUCCACCCAUCCAGGAACCAGCACACCAGGCUCCACCCAUCCAGGAACCAGCACACCAGGCUCCACCCAUCCAGGAACCAGCACACCAGGCUCCACCCAUCCAGGAACCAGCACACCAGGCUCCACCCAUCCAGGAACCAGCACACCAGGCUCCACCCAUCCAGGAACCAGCACACCAGGCUCCACCCAUCCAAGAAACAGCACACCAGGCUCCACCCAUCCAGGAACCAGCACACCAGGCUCCACCCAUCCAGGAACCAGCACACCAGGCUCCACCCAUCCAGGAACCAGCACACCAGGCUCCACCCAUCCAAGAAACAGCACACCAGGCUCCACCCAUCCAGGAACCAGCACACCAGGCUCCACCCAUCCAGGAACCAGCACACCAGGCUCUUUCCAGCCACACACCACCACACACAGUUCCACCCAACCAGGAACCAGCACACCAGGCUCCACCCAUCCAGGAACCAGCACACCAGGUCUCAGCUGUGCAGCCAACACUGCGGGGUCCACAGCAACGUAAAAGACUACAAAAAAUCAAAGAUUGUCCUCACAAUCGGCUUGAAAUGUUCCCAGUCCGUGAAAUAAUAAAGACAAGGAAAAGAAAGGGGAGGACAGAACAUCUUUAUGACUGGCAGCCCUGCACAAUGUGAUCUGGCCUCCAUCCUGGCAGCCAGCCUGAUUCCCAUCCCGUGCAGCCUGCAAAUAUGCAACAUACAUUGCAAACAUAAUUUUUUUCCUUGGUCUUGUUAAGUGUUUUUUCUUUACAUAUUUUUUGUUGUCCACUUGUAUUGUUCCAUAACUUUGUCAUGUUACAUCAGUUAAGCAGUUUGUAAUGUAAUUUGAACUUUAAUAUUCUUCAUGUUUUGUCUUCAAGCUUGUUACAAUCUCUUUUAUGUGUAUGGAUUCAAUAAAGUGCAACAGUCAACAAAACUUAACAUUUCUUAAACUUGAAGGACCCCUAUAUGGAUUGUUUUGUGGCCAACAGACCAUGGAAAAGUUACAGUUGAUCAUAUUUUGACUCAGACAAGCUAAACUAACAACUUAGUAACAACUGAUCCUUUCACAACUGCCAUAAUGUUCAGUCCACUGAUGACACACACAGUUGGAGUGCUUUACUGGGGGACAUAGCUUAAUAUCAAAGAGGACACGGUUUAAUUUUAAGAUUUCAUAUUAAAUAACCUCCGCCACAAAUUAAACUAAAUGAGCAACUUCCCAUUUUAUUCACAGGCUUCGAAAUAGCAGUCUUUCAACCUCUUGUGCUAAAUUACAGUACCGUAAUUAACUAUGAAAACAUGCCAUAUCCUAAUUUGCAUAACAUACUGUUUGGACUAACCCUCUGUAGCAGUUACCUUGAAGCUGAUUGUGUAUUGACAAUGUAAAAUAGCUAUUUAAAGUUUUGAUGGGAAUGAAAAUGUACAUUUCACAAACUUCAA